UCCACAAGUCAUCAGUUGCACUCAGGUCUUCACCAGCAAUCAAUCGAAUCAAAUCGAAUCGCAUCGGAACGGAAAGAUGCGUCUUACAAUCCUGGCCUUCAUUGGCAUCCUGUGCCUGGCCUAUGCCUACGCCCUGGAUGAUGCCACCAACGAGGAUGACCGGGUGAUCGGACUCCUGGACGUCGCGGAUCAGGGAGCCAACCAUGCCAACGAUGGAGCCCGCGAGGCCCGCCAGUGGGGAUGGGGCGGACGCGGCGGCGGAUGGGGUGGCGGAUGGGGUGGCGGUCGCCAUGGCGGAUGGGGUGGCGGUCAUCAUGGAGGAUGGGGCGGACAUGGCGGAUGGGGCGGCGGCGGUUGGGGUCGCCACGGCGGUGGCGGCUGGUACGGCCGAUAGGACGGAACUGUCAUCCCGACCACGCCUCCGGCCAAACCCACCACUUGCCACACGUCAGAAGGACACCCACGGAUGUCGAGGCGUGAAUAAAGAACAUUGAAGCAUUAAAA